CCUCCAGGCCACCCUAUAAGAGCCCUUGGCAUGGCAACGGCGCCUCCAGACCGACUUGUGCUCACCAGGCCGCUUGAGCAACUCCACAGAAGCCUUGGGCUGAUUUUCAGAAAGAGGAAGAGCAAGAGACUCACAGCAGCCCCGUGGCCAGAGAUGGGUUGCUGUCUUAGCGCCCCAGAGGGCCUGGAUGAGCCACGCCAGCACCUCCGUGGCCCACUCUUCUUCCACCCUUAUGCCAAAGGGUCCCAGAUCAUCCUGGAUGAGUCCUGCGGUGUAGCCGGACGUGCAACCACCUUCCACAACAGCAUCGUCUUCUCCAACCGCCCCAUCGGACUUGGAGAGAGGGUCAUGCUGAAGAUCUUGAAAGAGGAGGGCCAUUGGUAUGGCAGCCUACGGAUAGGCUUCACCAUGACGGAUCCCUCCCUUCUUGAGCCCAGUAAAAUGCCUCCUUUUGUCUGCCCAGACCUGGUCACUCAAGGCAAGACCUGGGCUUGCCUCUUACCUGAAGAGGAUGGAGCAGAAGGCACCAUCGUCAGCUUCUGGGUGGAUGCCAACGGCGACAUGUUCUACAGCACCAACCGCAAUCCGAAAUGCUCCUUGAUCCUCUCCCGAGUCUCCAUCGCAACCCCUCUCUGGGCUGUUGUGGACAUCUAUGGAAGGACCAAAGCCAUCCAGCUCUUGGAUCCCUCAAGACCACUCACAGAGGCUGAGGACACCAACCCACUGCUGUUGAGCCUACAAGAGCAAAGAGGGUCUACCUGCCAGGAUUUCCAUGACCUUCCUGAGGACAGCGAGGAGGACGACUGCAUUGUCUGCUUCGAAUCUAAGGCCAACGUGCUGAUGCUCCCUUGUUUCCACGCCAACUUCUGCUCCAGCUGCGCCUUCAGGAUUCUCUGCACCACCAAGCUCUGCCCUUUGUGCCGGCAGCGGGCUCAGAAGGUCCUUCCCCGCCUGCCUUCGGCCCAGAAAGUCAGUCCAGAAAUCUGGAUGGGAAAAGCCAAGCACACCCAGCCCCGUCGCUGACGAAGGGCGAGCCGUUCUGACACUCUGGCAAUAUUUCCUUACUGAUGGGAAGGCAAAGGCACCGAGGGAGACCUGAGCUAGGAAGGAGGCUCUCUAUGGAGAGCCAGGUGGAAGGGGCUCCUUUGCAAGAGAUGUCCUUGCAGGGCAAAGCAGUGCCCAGACUAUGAGGAGAAGCAUAUCCAGUUCUGUCCUCCAUAACACAAACAAAACAAUUUUCUUCUUUUUCAAAGUAAACUGCUUUGAAAAUUCAGUAUUGAUGAGGAGGAGGAGGAUGAGGAGGAUGUUGUUGUUGUUAAAACAAUACCAUCUUAUGAGAAGCAGAGCAUUGCAAUGCUAAUUUAAGAACGGCACCUUAAGAAACCCAUUGUAGAGCUGGAACGAGAUAGGGGAGGCAGGCCUAUGGUCCACCUUCCAGGCAGUGUUCCCUCUAACAGGGAUUCCCAGAUGUUGUUGACUACAACUCCCAGAAUCCCCAGCUGCAAUGGAUUUUGCUUGGGGAUUGUGGGAGUUGUAGCCAAUAGCAUCUGUUGACUACAACUCCCAUAAUAGCCAACAGUAUCUGGGAAUCCCUAUUAGAGGGAACACUGCUUCCAGGCAGUCAGAGAAAAAAAGUUGCUGACACUCUCCAAAGGAAAAACUGAACAGAAAAAGGCUUGAUUGGCAAGCCUUGAUUGGGUUUCAAGCGUAGUUCUGACUGGAGAUCAUUUAUAUAUUUAUGAUUUAUGUUUUCUGUAUUUUCUAAUUUUUGUCAUGUACUGAUUAUUUCAAGAGUCCACCUGCAUGUUAACCCAGUCAGUCAAAAUAUAUACUGUACAUGC